CGGACCUUUUUCGACUCGUUACUUCAAGGUGCUCAGUCGGCCGCCAUCGCUGCAAGCAAUGGCAGCUAUGCCGUCGUCUUCAGAAUCCUCGGGCCUGCCGCCCAGAUCUCCAUCCUUAGCCUAUUGUUGUCGGCGACCUACGGGAUGGAGCUGUGGCGGCUAUCUUCCCGUGCUAAGUUUGCUCGUGGUACUGCUUCUCUUCUUCUUCGCAUCGUGGUCUCUGCUGCUGCACUGUCCUACUCCUCGUCUCACCGCGUUAAACACAUCGAGCUUCCCCCUCUCCAUUCUGGCUGUGAAUGGAGAGAGAAGCCCUGCUGAGGCGACAGCAGAAGACGAGAUCUCCUUCUCCUCCUCCUCCUCCUCCUCCUCUUCUUCUUCUUCUUCUUCUUCUUCUUCUUCUUCUUCUUCUUCUUCUUCUUCUUCUGCCGCUGCUGCUUCUGCUGCUGCUGUUGUGUGCAAUAGGAGUCGCUACCUGUCGGAGGCAGAGCUAAGCGACGACCAGUUGACGGUACUUGUCCCCGGUUUCAGUAUAGAACGGAUUGCUAUCCUUCGAAACAACACGCGGAGAAUGGCGAGCUAUCCUUUCGUGAGAGCCAUCUAUGUUCUGUGGCAGAAUAUGGACAUCCCGGUGUCUAGGUUCGAUGAACCGAACGAAAGGUUCGACAGCGAUGGAGCUCCGAUCCAUGUCGUAGGUCAGCGGUCAAACAGCCUGAACAACAGGUUUCUUCCACGAACUUUCAUCGAGAGUUCAGCGGUUGCCAUCAUGGAUGAUGACAUCCUGGUGGACAAAUCGAGUAUGGAGUUCGCGUUCACGGUUUGGCGGGAAAACAGGCAGCGCAUCGUCGGAUACUUCCCGCGCGCGCAUCUGUGCAGUCCCGAGAAUGGCUCUUGGAUCUACUGGCCGAAACGACUGCGACCGAAGGGGGAACGCACAAAGUACUCCAUCAUUUUGACGAAGGCGAUGCUGUUAAGGACCGAGUACUUGUUCGAUUACACGUGUCACAUGCCGAGUGGUGUGAGGGAGAUGAUUGACGAAACGAUGAAUUGCGAGGAUAUUGCGAUGAACUUCAUGGUCGCGAAUUACAGCAACAUGGCGCCUUUGGCCGUCGUCGGGAAAGUCAAGGAUGCGGGUGAUAGAUGGACUACCAAAGACACCCGGGCCGCUAGAGUAGGGCUAUCGGAGCGAGCGGAUCACUACGAGGCCCGUAGCCGUUGCGUGAACGAGCUGGCCAAGCUAUGGGGUGGCAUGCCUCUGCGAUACGCCUAUAACAAAGCUGUGCCAGUUUAGCACAUGAGUCUCUCUCUCUCUCUCUCUCUCUCUCUCUCUCUCUCUCUCUCUCUCUCUCUCUCUCUCUCUCUCUCUCUCUCUCUCUCUCUCUCU